AUCAGCUGCCGAGAUAAAUAAUCCAUAAAAAUUUUUCAAUUUAAAAUUGUAAAUUAUCUCCACGAAAAUUAAUUAGCGUUUAAAAUGAAUCAUGAAUCACUGAAAAAGAAUCCAGCUUAAAAAUAAAUCUCUCAUUACCCAGCAUUCGUCGAUUAUUUCGUUCGAAUUCGAAAGCAUGCCCGAUAAAUUUGCUUAGUUCUGCUAUCUCGACCAUAUUGUGUGACGGUGUUGAAUGUUGAUUGCCCUAAAAUGCCAAGUUCUAUGCUUUUUGGAAUCAGCACCGAAGGUAAAGUCUUCGGAUUAUCGACAAACGGUAAAAAAUGGCGUGAAUUUCCUUACUUGGGCUUAGAAUUCAAGAAAAUAUCUUCGGUACCGAGCUUUCUAUGGGCUCUGGGAGGAGACCGACAAAUCUAUUUGCACGUUCACAGCCUCGAUAUACCUAUACGGAUUAAAGAAGAAGUAUACGAGAAUGAGAGAUGGUUUCCUAUCGAAGGAUUUGGUAAAAGGUUGCUACCAACUGAUCGAUAUCACUGGUCAAAUAAAGAUGGCACUGUGGAAAGACGAAAAGAAAAUAUUAGAUUGCCAUCGAUGGCAUGGCAAUGGGAGAGUGACUGGCAGCUUGAACUUACUUUGGAUGGAUAUCCGUUGGAUUUCGAUGGGUGGACUUAUGCGAUUGAUUUUCCUGCUUCUUAUUCGCCUUCUAAGCAGUGGUCAUCUUGUGUUAGGCGUCGUAAAUGGACGAGGUAUCGUCGUUACGGAGCCAUGUAUGCUUGGUGUGCUAUACCACCACUUCAUAACGAUCCUACUAAGGAACCAUUUAUCGAUGUCUGUAUCGGAGGAUACAGUAAAUUAGACGAAAAUAAAGGUAUGCUGUCUGUUUGGGCUGUGACCGUUUAUGGACGAAUCAUGUUCCGUAACGGUGUCAAUACCGAAUGCCCUGACGGAACUCGUUGGAUUAGUGUCCCACCUCCUAAAAACUCCGAAGUGAGAUGUGCCAGUUGUUCGGCCAUCGGUGUCCUAUGGAUUGUUCUCGAUGACGGAGGAGCCGCCGUCAGAUAUGGAAUUACAUCUCAAUGUUUAACUGGAGAAACUUGGUUGGAAGUAUCACCACCGGAAAAAAAUCUCAAACUGGUUCAAAUAUCCGCCGGUUUGAAUUCAGUUUGGGCUAUGACAAAUGAUAACAGGGUAUGGUUUCGAAAAGGUAUUCGAGCCGAUAGAAGCCAUGCCAGUGAGGAACUUCUCAAAGGCACUAUGUGGGUCGAAAUGGUUACCGAAAUGAUCAGUAUAUCGGUGUCAGCUCACGAUCAAGUUUUCGCUGUUAAUAAAAAAGAUAGACGCAUUUAUUAUCGUAGUGGAGUAGACAGUACUGAAUUAACUGGACGGAAAUGGCGUCUAAUUGAAGCUCGUACCCAAGUACAUAAUCUCAACAGUGAACAUAGCAGUUUAUCUUCGUUACUGGAUGACAGUGGCAAUAGCAGCAUGACAUCCGAAAAUGCAGACGAGAAAACAUCUAGAUCUGCUCCUCCUUAUGCUAAAUUUGACGCUAUGUUGUUGACUGAACCCAAAGAAUCAAAACCUACCGAAAAGUUCGAAAUUGACUCUUCCUACAGAAUGAGAUCUUGGAGUCCCAUCAGAGUCGGUGGUUCUUUAUUAGCUAUGGAAGCUCUUCCUGGUGGCAAUGAUUAUAAUUUAGAUUCCGAUUCCCAAAAACAAGUAUUCAGAGAAAAAGACGACCUUUCGAUUGGUUGCCAGAAACAGAAAACGUUAUGGGGAAGUGUUUGCGCCGGAGCUGUGACCAUAGAUCAGCUCAAUUUACCCAAAUGGUUCAUCGAGGAGUCUGUGAUCGAAGAGUAUGACGAAAAAGAACCUUGGAGGAGUAAAAUUUUAACGAAGUUGAAAAACCGAAAUUUAUCUGGAUCGAAGAAGUUUGAAAAUUACGAAAUUGCUAUUGAAACGACAUCGUGGAUUAAAUCGGGAAAAUUCAAAAUAAACCUCCCCGGAUCUCAAGUUCUAGUCGAAUGUGUCGUAGAAUUAGAAUGGAUCGAAAAUAACGCCACUGGUCCAGAUUCUGGCACGUUAUCUGUCUUAUCAUGUAACAGAGCAACCUCACUGCUGCAAUUAAGCUUAUCAGAAAUAACCUGCAUUUUAAAUAGAAGCGAACCAGGUCAACCCUGUUUCACGGUGAACACUUCUAAAACAGUUGAAACCGAUAUAACGCCUUUGAAAUGCUUUUUUUCUUCCGAAAAUGAUUUCGAAGAUUGGCUUCAUUGUAUAUCAACAGUGUGCAAUCAGGUUAAUGGUAUUUCGGAGGUGCCUCCUGAGCGAUCUAUCUGGUGUACUACAGGAUUAGGGGAUAUCUAUGUAACUGAUGCUGAACUCGUAAAGAAAAACCAAGCAACCGAGAACGGCAGAUAUGCCAAAGAAUACAAUAUGAAAAAUUUCUUCGAUUCGUUCAAAAUCUCGCUAAUCAACGGAUUCUCAAUCAAUAGCGAAAUCACCAUUAACGGUUACAUUCCUGCAGAUGCGGAUAGGUUUUUCAUAAAUUUAGUUUGCGGUACAACUGAAGACGUCGCAUUUCAUCUCAAUCCGAGAUUCAUCGAACAGAGAAUCGUUCGAAAUAGUAAUUUAAAUAAGAAGUGGGGUCAUGAAGAAACCGAGGGUAAUUUAAUCAUAUUACCCGGAUCUGAUUUCACCAUCACCAUAUUGUGCUUAGAAAAGAAAUAUAAAGUGUUUAUAAAUGGACUCACGUAUACGUAUUAUCAACAUAGGCUUUCCCCAGAAACCAUUACUGAUAUUCAAGUGGGGGGCCAAGUCGACGUGUUUAAUAUUUUAUACGAAACUAAUAAGGUGAUAUUAUAUCUAUACGAACUCAUCUGGAGAAAAAUCGAAGGAAAUUUACAUAAAGUUGAAACCUGUUCAGCAGGAAUAACUUGGGGUAUCGGAUACAACUGUGUACCUUGGGUGUACACUGGCUCAUGGCCUAGGAUUAGCUCAAAAGGAGAUAACGAUAAAUCAUCAUCGAUCAAAUGCACGAUGAUAAAUACCAAAGAAAUGUACGUAUACGAGAAUCAACGUUGGAACCCACUUACUGGGUUCACUACUCGAGGAUUGCCUACCGACAGAUACAUGUGGAGCGAUGAAACAGGCAGGGAGAAAUUAUCGAAAGAUAGUAUCAAAUUACAAACACAUUGGCAAUGGGUAAACGAAUGGCAAAUCGAUUACAAAACGUCUGGAGGCGUUGAUCAAGAUGGAUGGCAAUACGCUGUCGAUUUUCCAGCCUCUUACCAUCCUCAUAAUAAUAUUACCGAUACCGUUCGUCGUCGUAGAUGGGUUCGUACUUGUCGAAUUGUGAUACCAAAUAGCCCUUGGCAGGAGAUCGGAAACACCAAGUUGAAAGACGUCUCGCUCAAUGUUCUGGAUGACUCAGUUAAUCCAAAAAUUAUCGCUGUUUGGGGCGUGACAAUCAAUGGAGAAGUACUAUAUCGAAGCGACGUCACUACAGAGUGUUUUUCUGGUGAAAAAUGGGAACACGUUGAAAUAGAUCAAUCUAUUCGAAAUAUCAGCGUCGGAGGUACGAGACAAGUUUGGUGCUGUGGUGAAAACGGAGUUUGUUUUUGGAGAUUCGGUAUCACAACUUCUAAUCCUAUCGGUGAAAACUGGCAAUACGUGGAACCGAUAAGUGGCUGUUUUUUCUGUCAAGUUGCUGUAGGUAAAUGGACAGUUUGGGCUUUAGAUACCCGAGGCGAUUUAUACAUUAGACGAGAAAUAACGCCUGUUUUUCCAGAAGGAACUCAUUGGCGUAAAGUUCAAAAUAACGAUAAUCAUAAGUUUAAACACGUUUCGGCUAGUGAAGAGUUUAUUUGGGCUGUAACUAAUGAAGGAGUGAUUUGUAGAAGGAUAGGGAUAAGUGAAGAGUACCCAGAAGGUUUAUCUUGGAUUUAUGGCUUAUCUGGUGAUUGGUUGCAUUUAAGCGAAUAAUGAAGAUCAACGAUCUGCGAAUGAAAAUUCUACCGAAUUUAAUUUCGACGAUUUCAAGUUUAUUUUAUUACCUAUUUGUUUCGUUUUGUUUUUAUUUUCGUUGUGUUAUGAUUGAAAUUUUUCUGUGAUAUUAAUUUCAUGUGCAUAUGUAUUCUUUCUCAUCGCUUUGUCGAAGCUGUUCCAUAAUGCAUUUUUAAACUUUAACCCGCGGCAAUGUUUUCUCUUAUAAUUGUUAUUCUGUCUAUCUGUCUCUUUUUUUUUUUGUAUCUAUUCAUUAGGUAUGUAAUAAUUUCAUCUCUACAAAAAUUAUACGAAAGAAUUGAUUUU